GCUGUCGUCAUGUAAUCAGACUCCCAAUUUUGGUCACGUCACUUUCGAGUGCGAGGACCAGUCAGCUGAUAUUUCCUGUUGAACAGUGUAUGCGGAGUUGGUCGGAACUCGGAAGACUUUACAGAUCUGAGAUUUGGAAACUGGAACCAUGGGGGACCUCUUCAGAAGUGAAGACAUGACCCUCGCUCAGCUUUUCCUCCAAUCAGAGGCGGCGUACUGCUGUGUCAGCGAGCUGGGGGAGCUGGGAAUGGUCCAGUUUCGUGACCUGAACCCAGACGUGAACGUGUUCCAGCGGAAGUUUGUGAAUGAAGUGCGCCGUUGUGAGGAGAUGGACCGCAAGCUGAGGUUUGUGGAGAAGGAGAUCAAGAGAGCCGACAUUCCGAUUACCGACACCGGAGAGAAUCCAGAAGUUCCUGUCCCUCGAGACAUGAUCGAUCUGGAGGCCACCUUUGAGAAGCUGGAAGUUGAGUUGAAGGAGAUCAACACCAACCAGGAGGCACUGAAGAAGAACUUUCUGGAACUGACUGAGCUCAAGCACAUCCUGAGGCGCACCCAGCAGUUCUUUGACGAGGCUCAAUUCCAUCAUCAUCAGCAGAUGGAGGACCCCCAUCUGCUUGAGGAGUCGUCCAUCCUGCUGGACCCCCAGGAAGUUGGACGGGUGGCCCCGCUGAGGAUCGGGUUUGUUGCCGGAGUAAUCGGCAGGGAGAGGAUCCCCACGUUCGAGCGAAUGCUGUGGAGGGUUUGUCGCGGAAACGUCUUCCUACGCCAGGCUGACAUCGAGGACCCUCUGGAGGACCCCGCCUCUGGAGACCAAGUUCACAAAUCGGUGUUCAUCAUCUUUUUCCAAGGAGACCAGCUGAAAAACAGAGUCAAAAAGAUCUGCGAGGGCUUCCGGGCCUCACUCUACCCCUGUCCAGACACUCCCCAGGAGAGAAAGGAGAUGGCAGCGGGGGUCAACACCCGGAUCGAUGACCUUCAGAUGGUGCUGAACCAGACGGAGGACCACCGGCAGAGAGUUCUCCAGGCCGCCGCCAAGACGGUGCGAGUGUGGUUCAUCAAGGUCAGGAAGAUGAAAGCCAUCUACCACACCCUCAACCUCUGCAACAUCGACGUCACGCAGAAGUGCCUGAUCGCCGAGGUCUGGUGCCCCGUUUCAGACAUGGACUCCAUCCAGUUUGCCCUUCGCCGGGGAACGGAGCACAGCGGUUCGACCGUCCCCUCCAUCCUCAACAGGAUGCAGACCAGGCAAACGCCGCCCACCUACAACAAGACCAACAAGUUCACCUCCGGCUUCCAGAACAUCGUAGACGCGUACGGGAUUGGAACCUACCGGGAAAUGAACCCAGCCCCCUACACCAUCAUCACCUUCCCCUUCCUGUUCGCGGUCAUGUUUGGGGACCUGGGCCACGGGGUGCUCAUGACCUGCUUCGCCCUCUUCCUGGUUCUCCGAGAGAGCCGGCUUCUCGCACAGAAGAAUGACAACGAGAUUUUCAACAUGGUCUUCUCGGGGCGUUACAUCAUCCUGCUGAUGGGCAUCUUCUCCAUCUACACGGGGUUCAUCUACAAUGACUGCUUCUCCAAAUCUCUCAACAUUUUUGGCUCUGGUUGGAGCGUCAGACCCAUGUUUGGAGACGUGGGAAAAUGGACGGAUGGGGUUCUCAAUACCACCAGACUUCUACAGUUGGAUCCAGCAGUAAAUGGAGUUUUCACUGGGCCUUAUCCUUUCGGCAUUGACCCGAUUUGGAACCUCGCCAGUAACAAGCUGACCUUCCUGAACUCCUUCAAGAUGAAGAUGUCUGUCAUACUGGGGAUUGUUCACAUGCUGUUUGGCGUCACCCUCAGCUUGUUUAACCAUCUAUAUUUCAAGAAGCCUCUCAACAUCUUCCUGGGUUUCAUUCCUGAGAUCGUGUUCAUGACCAGCCUUUUCGGGUACCUGGUCCUGCUCAUCUUCUACAAGUGGGUCGCCUACUCCGCUGCCACCUCCGAGGAUGCCCCGAGCCUGCUCAUCGCCUUCAUCAACAUGUUCCUGUUCAACUACAACGACCCCACUAAUCGCCCCCUCUACAAAGGGCAGAUGGGGAUCCAGUGUCUGUUGGUGAUCAUCGCGUUAGCCUGCGUGCCCUGCAUGCUGAUAGUGAAGACACUGGUGCUACGGCGUCAGCACCUUCAGAAGAAGCUCCUGGCCACGCAGAAUUUCGGCGGGGUGCGAGUGGGAAACGGCCGGACGGACGACCAGGCGGAGAUUAUCCAGCACGACCAGCUCACCGAGCCCACAGAGGAAGAGGAGGAGUUUAACUUCGGAGACGUGGCGGUGCACCAGGCCAUCCACACCAUAGAGUACUGUCUGGGCUGCAUCUCCAACACCGCCUCCUACCUGCGGCUCUGGGCCCUGAGCCUGGCCCACGCACAGCUGUCGGAGGUGCUGUGGACCAUGGUCAUGCGCAUCGGCCUGUCGUUCCGGACGUUCGUGGGCUUCUUCGUGUUGUCGUUCAUCUUCAUGGCCUUCGCCACGCUGACCAUCUGCAUCCUGCUCAUCAUGGAAGGGCUAUCGGCCUUCCUGCAUGCACUCCGUCUCCACUGGGUGGAGUUUCAGAACAAGUUCUACUCUGGUCAAGGAUUCAUGUUCCAGCCGUUCACCUUCAACAGCAUCCUGGAGGGGAAAUUUGAGGAUUAAACCACCACACCCUUCCCCUUCCCUUCCAGAAUAAUCUGUAGCCCUUCUCAUCUCUGUAGCUACUGUUUGUUAAUUAGUGUAUGUUCGUCACCAUUUGCCUUUUUGGUUCCUUACUCAUUUCUUUAUUUCUUUUUUUUUUUUAUAAGCAUUUUAGCUUUUAGAAAUCAGUGUCACAUGGAAAUCCAUUCAGGAGAUUAUAACUAUGAACUUAUAGAGCUAUCUGCAGUAAUAAAAGCAAAGCCUUAUAAGCUGAGCUGGGAUGGAACUGAGCUUAGUUUCAUUCACCAUUUCUCCCGAACGCCCAUAAAAACACAAAAUGGACAUUUUCAUGGGUGGUGGUAUCAGCUGAAAAUCUUGCAGUAACUAGUAACUUCUUGAUUAAACCUUAACACUGUAUAUUGUAGCUGGAGAAAUGUUAAAUAGAUUGCCUUGAGAUUUGCCCACUUUCUGACAUUGCACUACCGGAAAACAAAGAGGUUACUCAUCAGAUUUCCAUCGCCAGUCGUCAGUCAAGUGAUGCGAUUGUGAUCCACAGUGCUGUAUUCAAGACUGAUUGCAAUAAAAUCUUAAUUGGGAAAAUACGGUUUUUCCAGGA